AUGUUAGGAGCAACAGACCUCGUUGCAGCAGACAGCACAGGUAAAGGUGAAGUUAGAUCGUUCCUUCCUGAGUGGGAGGAGGCCAUCUACGCAAGCCAAGGCGCUAAAUCCAAAACUUUCCUCUUUGACCAAUCUUCUUACUUACCCUUGAACACCAACGCCAUGCAAUAUCAACGCCGACAGUCCGCACUACUCUCAAACCACGAAGUCCUCCAGCACCUCCGCCAAGAAGAAGCAGAAUACCACGGCACGGAUGGCACGGACCGUAAACGCCACUUGCCAUCCGGCCUGAACCACAUGUUGCGAGAUGGCCUAACCUAUCUCCAAACCCCAGACUACAACACCGCCGCUCUGGCGGACACUCACCCCGCUCGCCCUAUGACGCUUUACAAGGGUCCUCAUUCUCUCUACCAUACCUUGGCGCCUCACUACCGCCUUAAUAAAGCGGAGUACUUGCAGCUGUACAAUUUGCGACCUUCGACACAGGUCACGCUGGAACUGGUCAUUGAAGAGGCCAAUUCGCGCUUCACAGAUGACCAACUCCACGAGAUCCUGGCCAAAUGUCAGCAGGUAUUCGACGAGGAAGAGGCGGAGAUCCCUGAUGGCGUGGAGGACAUUCAGAUGGCUAAGGUCAAGGACAAGUUAUUGGGCGCAGCAAAGAAGGGACGGAAGAAGGGUGGGCGAAAGAAGGCUUGA